GCCCCAUUUAUUUCAUUCGCGUGUAACUUCCGAACAAAACCUACUGGGAAGGAAGGUCUGGAAAAAAUCAUUUGCAGAACACACAAACACACACCCCAACCCAACCCCUGAGAGAGAGAGACAACUUCGUAGAACUCUAGAGAGAGAGAGAGAGAGAGAAAGAGAGAGAGAGAAUCAAGAGAAUGGAAAGUGGGGAGAGAAGCUAGAUAACGAGAGAGAGAGAGGGAAGAGAGAAACUGGGUUCUGGUGGGAAUUGAUUAUUGAGAUCUUGUCCCUCCUACAAUGGCCACCUUGUAGUGGACAAGGGUUUGUUCGUCGGAUCAACGAUCACUGGGAAGGUCUCAAAUUUCGCAAUUUCGGACAAAUUGGGGUUCCGAUCAGGGCACUGAUUGUGUAUUGAGGAGGUGAAGUUUAGUUUAUUUUAGGGUUUUGUUGGAGUGACUCUGUAAUUGUGAUGCGAGUGUGUAAUGGGCGCAAGCUUCGAUCUUUUAUAGAAUCGACUCAGACUUGGAUUGAGUAGAUGUGGUGAUGCGCCGUCGGGCAUUGAAAUUGCAUGAGAGGUUGUUUUGGGCAUUAAAGAGAAUCACUUGUAUAAAAUUCUUCUUUGUAGGUGAAACCGUUCUGGGUUUUUGCCAUUUUUGAGUGUUUGAUCUUAAUUGGGGAAUGCUUUUGGAAUUGGGUUUUGGUUACAGAGUGGAGGUGAUGGUUCUGUGUUGGCUAAUCAGGCAAACCAGAAGAUCAGAUCGUAGUGGACAUUCUUCUUUCCUCAGAAAACCAUUUGGAUUAACCUAGUUUCAGCGGAAUCUGUACCCAAAGAGUUGCAUUUAUUUGGGCGAUUUUCCAUCUGGAGUUUGCAUACAGAGUGUUAUUAUUAAUAUUAUACAGUAUUUUGGAUCAAUUAGGUGCUUUAGUAAGCUUUUAACUUUGAAGUGAAAUCUGAGCUAAUCUGUACAAUCCUGUGUACAUUUGGAGCUAAAAAAGUAACUUGAAUUUGGUGAGUUCUGAACUUUCUGAGUGGUGUAGUUCCGGGAAGUCAUGGAGUGUUAUUGAAGCUGGAAAUGAAUGUGGGGAUAUGGUGCAUGGACAGGUGCAUAGUUGCUGGUUCCUUCAAUCAUCGGAACAGUGCUGCUGGAAAGUAACUGAAGCUUUUGUGUUGCUGGACUUUUGCUCUUUUGCUUAUUUCAACAUUGUGUGCAAUGUCUCGCUGCUUUUCAUUUCCGCCGCCUGGAUAUGAAAAGAAGGCAAGAACUGAUGACACCGACUUGCUAAAAAAGGAGAAGCACAGAGAAAAAAAGCAUAAGAAGGAAAAGAAGGACAAGGAGAGGAGUGAAGGCAAAGAGAAAAGGGAGAAAGAUAGAAGUGAUGGAAAAAAUAGAGAAAAGAAAGACAGGAAGGAAAAACACAGGGACAAAAGGAAGGAUAAGGACAAAGACAAAGACAAAGACAAAGAAAAAGAUAAAAGCAGCACGACAGAGGAUAAGAGAAUUGCUGGUCAAUAUGAGAGUUCCAAUGGAGAAAAGACCGUUCACAAAGAGAGAGAGUGGGAUAAAAGCAAAAGCAGUAUUUCAAAUGAAAAGAAACAUGGUCAAAGUGGAGAGAAGCCUAUUCGAAACAACUUUUUGUCUGCGGAGGCUGGGGAUUUUAAAUUUGUGCAGGAAUUCGGCAGGAGGAUUAGAGAUGAAGAAAAAGGAACUGGGAGCCAGUUGGUUCAGAGACUUCCAGGCACAGAACAGAAAAAUGAUGAAUGGACGGAUAGAGUGGCGGUCAGGGAUACUGGAAUUCCUGUUGAAGGGAAGGAAAAGAAAAAGGAGAAAAGAAUUGAUAAUAGGAAGAUUGAUGGGCAAGGAAUCGGAGGUGAAGCAAGAUCUAGUGGCAGUACAGUGGUCCAGAACCUUGCUGGAAUGGUCCAAAAUAGAGUUGAAGGAAUGCCAAGACCAUUGGAGAAAAAUGUUGAGAGAAGAAUGGAAGAGAAAGAGAAAUCCAAAGAGAGGGAGGGCGGUGAGAAACGAGGGGACAAGCGGAAGGAUAAGGACAGGGAGAAGAAAAGGCAUGGGAAAGAUAAAGACAUGGAAAACGAAAAGAAAAAAGAGGAGAAAGUGAAGGAGAAAAGUGAACAUAAGAAUAAGGAUCAGGAUAAAUCCAAAGAGAGGAAACAGAAUGACCUUCUGGGCACUCAGAAUAUUAAAGCUUCACAUGUUGCCAAGGAUAGUGAUAAGAACACUGGUACCACGGGAAAUCUCAAGAAAAGAAAAGAAUUUGAGGCGAAUGGAUUUUUACAUGAAACUGAUGUUAGGCCUAAUAAAAUACCAAGACCCAGUCCUCUUCCAUCAACAGAGAAUGGAAGGAAAUUGGAACCUUGCCAAACUCCCAUCCCAUUUACUUCUGAAAGGCAGGGGCCACAAAAUAGUCUCAGGGUCGAUAACAAGGAGCACAAAGUUAAUGGUGUGAUAGAAGCUCAGUCAUUGUCUCUCUCAAAAAAGUCAUCAUCUGCAACUACACAAGCUGAUCAUAUUGCUCAAGCUUCAACGAAGCCACCCCAUCCUGAUUGCAAAUACUUGAGCCAGGUACUCUCAGUUCCUAAAAUGGAGGAAUGGUCCGAUUUUGAUGACCAGGAGUGGUUGUUUAGCAGCAAAGGUUGUUCAUCAGAGAAGCCUGACGUGGGAUCUGGUGGGGUCACUGAGAUGCCAAGUGUAUGGGCUGAAGCUCUGCAGAUAGAAUCCGCUGAUAUUCUUGCUCUGCCUUAUGUCAUUCCUUACUGAUGGGUAUUGAUGCGAUAGAAGCUCAAUCAUUGUCCAUCUCAAAAAGUUACCAUCGGUGAUUACACAAGCUGAUCAAAUUGCUCGAGAUUCAAUGAUGCCACCCCAUCUUGAUUCCAAGUAUUUGGCUUAGGUACUUUAAUGGUCUAAUUUUGAUGACAAGGGUGGCUUUUUUGCCCGAGGACCAGAGAAGCCCACAAUGAUUGGUUGGGCAUGAUUGGCUGAGGUGAGAGCUCUUCAGACAAGCAAACUAGGUGAAUAUAGGCAGCAUACAAGCACUUGAGAGAUGAAUUUCUGGUUUUGUUAUUGCUGCAUUCUUUCAUUAUGCACUCCUCUGUUGCGGUAAGUAUUGUGUGACUGAUUACCUUGUCUGAAAUUAUUUCAAGUGAAAUGAAAUCUGUUACACACGUUGCUUGCUCUGCAGUAGGUUGGUGUGUAUUUGCAGGGGCUAGGAUAGAGGGUGAUUUUUUUGCCUUCUUGACUUAAACAACUAAUUCAUUGAAAUUGGAAAGAUGCCAUGAGUUCCCAGAGGCAACAAAGGAGAGAGUUGUUUAAAAUGUGAGGUGGUAUAAGCUUGUGCUAUGUUAUUUUUUUAUUUCCUUAAAGCUGAGCUGCUCUUUCUAAUCGAGUGUAGAAGAAACCAGGUGUGGUCUUUGCAACUCCACAAUUUUGAUUUGUAACAUAGAACUCUUAUUUACAAGAAAUGUAAGAUAGAGGGAAACAAAAGAGGUAGCCUCAUUCAUUUGAUUAAUGUCAUAUUUAGUCAUUUAUAAUCACAUUUACUUCUAAAGUUUUCUGAUAGCUGCUGUAUAGUCUGUAGUUUCUUCUCAGUGGAUUCUUGGCCCUUUGUUUUCUGUGUUUGGCAACAGUGUUAACCGACUUCCAGAUUUGGUAUACUAUUUCCAUUUUCGUGA